GUGGCUUGCAGGGGCCAGGCUGUGCUGGCAGGUGGGUGCUUCCCACUGGCCGCAGUGGCAGCAGCUUACAGACGUGAGCCGGCCUGGCUUGCUGUCUGUGCUAAGUGCUGCCUGUUUGCCCAAGGCCAGCCUCAGGAAAGGAAUAGACUACAGAAUUUUGCAAAAGGGCCACCUAAGUUUCCUUCUGAGCAAAACAGCAUCGGUCAAGGCACCGAAGAAGUGUGAUCGUUGUCCCAGGCAGCUGGGAUCCUCUAGGCGAUUGCCUUAGUGGAAAGUCCGAGGUGAAGGAUGGGGAAGAGGACUUGCAUCUGCAACCUGUGCUCCUGCGGGCGGCAUCGCUGUCCACAUCUCCCUACGAAGAUUUAUGAUAAAACAGAGAAAACACGUCUUCUCUCCGAGUACACCGAGAAUUAUCCGAUCUAUCAGUCUUACCUGCCCAGAAAUUCCUUCAAGCCCGAGUGGUGCUACCGGAAACCAUCUGCACCAAUGGAAGGUCUGACCACAUGCAGGAGAGAUUUUGGGCUUCACAAAAUGUUACCGGUGACAUUCCACCAGCCUGACACAUAUGUUCCGAGUCAAGAGACUAUGGAUUUACUCACAACGUAUAAACACGAUUUUAACUACCUCCCUACCUGUCCAGUUGGCCUCAUCAAACCUCGGGACAGUAAAUUUCCAAAUGGUGACAAGAUAAUGCAAUAUCUGCCUACCUACAAAGUUGAUUAUUUACCCUGGAACCAGCCAAGACGGGAGCUUCUUCGUCCUCCACACAAGUACCGGCCAGAGUCUUCCAAGUUUGAAAACAGAACCACACAUCAGGAUGACUACACCAUGAAAGGCCUUGUGACUACUGUGAGCUGUAAGCCUCCAUCCAAGUCAAAAAUCUACAACAUCCCCUUGGAAGACCUGACUAACUACAAGAUGAGUUAUGUGCCCCACCCUGUGGAGAAGCGCUUCGUUAAGGAGGCAGAGAAAUAUAUACCCUGUGACAUCCCCUUUGAGAACCUGACCACCCACAAAGAGUCCUACCGAGGCCUGCUAGGGGAGCCUGCCAAGAGCACAAAACCUCCAGCCAAGUUCCCCGUGCACGAUGCACCUUUCACCAACACCACAGAGGUUCAGGAGAAAUUUCAAGCCUGGCCAACACCCCAGAUGGUCCCCAAAGCUCCCGUUGUGUAUGUCCCUCCCGAGGAGAAGAUGGAUCUUCUGACAACUGUGCAGACCCAUUACAAGUACCUCAAGGGUAGCCCUGCUAUAACUUGCCGACCUGUGCCUUCCAUUAAGAAGAGCAAGUGCUUUGAAAGCUCAACCACCACCAAGGAUGACUUCAAGCAGUGGGCAGCCGUGAACACAAAGCCGAUCAGACCCACUCUGCACCUGAGCUUGCCUGCUGAACCUUUGGACUGCCAGACCACCACUAAGACGUGCUUUGUGGCGCAUCCACCUAUCAUUACUGAAAACUACAAGCCCCCCUGGGUUGGCCUUCGGAGAAACAUCCCCGUAGAGGGCCAGACUACUUAUUCCAUCAACUUUACUCCCAAGGAUUUGGGCAAGUGCCCAGCAUCAUACAUGGAGCCUCCGGGCUAUAUCUUCGAGGAAGUGGAUUCUAUGGGGCACAAGAUCUAUAGGUCAAUUUCCCAGACAGGUUCUAGGCAGAACAGUUCUAUUUCUAUAUGUGAUACAGAAAAGCCUGGUCAGAAGGAACUAGAAGUGUCAGCCUGACUUUGAAAAAAAAAGAAAAACAUUCAAAACCUGCAAAAUACCUUUAAAAGCAGACAACUAAAAAUCCAUUGAAGAAUUUCCCAAAAAUGAAAAGAAAAAUGUAAAAUACCUACCUC